AUGCAGCAGCCGGGCCCCGGUGUACGCCUGCACAGCAACAACCCUCCCGGGGACUUCACCUUCGUCUCCUCCAAUGAGGCAGAUGAUCUAACUGGGUCAAUAGCAGCACCUGAUGUUAAGUUAAACCUUGAUGGAGACUUCACCAAAGAGUCGAAAGCCACCACAUUUCUUCGCCAGAGAGGUUAUGGAUGGUUACUGGAAGUAGAAGAAAAUGAUCCUGAAGAUAAUAAACCUUUACUGGAGGAGUUGGACAUAGAUCUUAAAGACAUUUACUACAAAAUCCGAUGUGUUCUGAUGCCGAUGCCAUCCCUUGGGUUCAACAGACAAGUAGUUCGAGACAAUCCUGACUUUUGGGGACCACUUGCAGUUGUUUUAUUCUUUUCAAUGAUCUCCCUGUAUGGCCAGUUUAGAGUAGUGUCCUGGAUUAUAACAAUUUGGAUAUUUGGAUCACUGACCAUCUUCCUGCUUGCUAGGGUACUUGGUGGAGAUGUGGCUUAUGGACAGGUCCUUGGUGUCAUAGGAUAUUCCCUACUUCCAUUAAUAGUAAUUGCCCCUGCACUUCUAGUGGUUGGAUCAUUUGACAUUGUUUCCACAGUAAUAAAAACUCUUUGGUGUGUUUUGGGCUGCCUACAGUGCUGCAUCCUUAUUAGUCGGAGAAGAAUUUAAGACGAAGAAGCCUCUUUUAAUUUAUCCCAUCUUUUUAUUGUACAUUUAUUUUCUAUCUUUGUACACUGAGGUGUGA